AUGAGGGGUCUCUGGGCCCUCGCACUCGCAGGGCUCGUCAGCACCUGCGAGGGGAAGGAGCUGCCGCCAGCGGAAGGGGAGCCGUGCCCGCAGCUCUGGGACGAGGAUCUGGUAGGGGACAAGUAUGAGAACAUAACGGGUUUUAACCUGAUUAAAAGGUUCGACCUGCUGAAGAUCUCCUCCAUCAAGAAAGUCCGCAACCCGAGGGGGCCGGUGGUGCUGCGGCUGGGCGCCGUGCCGCUGGUCCAACCCACGCAGCAGGUGUUUCCCCACGGGCUGCCCCCCGCCUUCACCCUCGUCCUCACCUUGCUGCUGAAGAAGAACAGCACCGGGGAGCAUUGGUAUCUCUUCCAGGUCACCGACCGGCAGGGCUACCCCCAGCUCUCCCUGGCCGUGCACGGCCCCGAGAAGAGCCUGGAGUUUCAGGCCAGGGCGCCGGGGACCACGUUUGUCAGCGCCGUCUUCGCGGGGAAGGCCGUGGCGUCCCUCUUCGAUGGGCGGUGGCACAAGGUGGUGGUGGCUGUGCAGAGCCGCGCCAUCUCCGUCCACCUCGACUGUGCCUCCAUCUCCUCCAAGCCUCUGGCACCCCGGCGGGCGCUGGCCCUGGAGGGCAACACCUUCCUGGGGCUGGAUGCCAUGCGCGGCACCCCGAUCCGGUUCGACAUCCAGCAAGCUCAGAUCUACUGUGACGCCGAGCUGGCCAGGCAGGAAGGGUGCUGCGAGAUCUCAGCCAGUGGGUGCCUUGUGGAAGUGCCCAAGACCCGUCGGCAAGCAGAGCUGAUGCAGAGCAGCAACCUCAUCGAGAUCUCGCCGCAGCCCGAGGGCCGGGUGUACACCCGCUGCUUCUGCCUGGAGGAGCCGCUGGGCGCGGUGAGCUCCCGGCAUCGCUCCGGCAGCCUGGCACAGGUCCCCAUCCCGUGCCCACCCUGCUCACCGCAGACGGCCUCGGCAAAUGUCACGCUUGGUCCCCCGGGUCCAAAGGGCGGGAAGGGCGAGCGCGGCCUGCCCGGCACCGCUGGUGGCAAGGGGGAGAAAGGCGACCGCGGGCUCCCGGGGGCAGCCGGCGCUGACGGGCAGAAGGGCCAGAAGGGUGAGAAGGGCGAGAAAGGCGACGGGGGACUGCAGGGCAAGCCGGGGCGCCCGGGGCGCGAUGGCCGGCCCGGAGAGAUUUGUGUGGUGGGCCCCAAGGGCCAGAAGGGUGACCCUGGCCUCGUGGGACCCGAGGGGCUGGCCGGUGAGCCGGGUCCCCCAGGGAAGCCAGGCUCUCCAGGGAUCGGCUUUCCGGUAUGGAGCCCCGGCGACCCUGGUGGCCCCCCAGGUCCAAAGGGAGAAAAGGGCAGCUUGGGAGCUCCUGGACCCGGAGGAUCGCCUGGGAUGCCCGGACCCCCUGGCGUCCUGGGGCUGAAAGGAGACAAGGGCGAGCCGUGCGAGGUGUGUCCCACUGUCUCUGAGGGGAUGGUCAGUGCCACUGGGCUGCCUGGCAAGCCGGGACCCAGGGGAGCGCCCGGAGCACCUGGCAAGGAUGGGGUCUCGGACAGACCCGGCCCUGCGGGACCCAAAGGGGACAGGGGAGAUCCCGGCAUCCAUGGGAUAAAAGGGGAGAAGGGGGACUCCUGCCUGUCCUGUGAUCCCCGCGUCCUUGCUGCGCUACUGCGGGGUCCCACCGAGGGGCUUGAGGGUGUGCUGGGCGUUCGGCAGGGUGAAGCGGGGCUCCCCAGGCUGGCUGGCAUCAAGGGCGAGAAGGGGGAUGGCGGCCAGGAGGGACCCAUGGGCAGACCGGGGCUCCCGGGAGACAAAGGCAAUCCAGGCGUACAGGGGCUCAAAGGAGAGAAGGGCGAGUCGUGCGGGCAGUGCCCUCCCGCACCACAGGCCCUCGAAGGGGCAGCGACGGGGGGGCCGGGUCCGCCGGGGGAGAGGGGCCAGGGCGGCCCCCCAGGCAGAGCGGGCAGACCUGGUGAUGCUGGCCAGAAGGGACAGAAGGGGGACACAGGCAGCCCCGGGGACCCAGGCACCCCGGGCAUGGCUGGUCUCCCAGGGCUGUCGGGUGAGCCUGGCACCAGGGGUCCAGCCGGCCCCAAAGGCGAGAAGGGAGACACCUGCGAGCCCAGUCCCGCUCCGCAUGGGGACUUCUCGGAUGUGGUCGGCAUCCCGGGAAAACCCGGGGCCAAAGGGGACCAGGGCCCCCCGGGCAUCGGCCAGCCGGGCAGACCUGGACCACUGGCUGUCAUGGCCGAGAGGAACAUCGAGGUGCUGAAGACCCUCUGCGGGGACUGCACCCAGCUGCAGGCAGCCUUCGAAGCACCCAGCGGCGUCAAGGGGGAGAAGGGGGACGGGGGCAUGCCGGGCGCCCCUGGCAGCGAGAGCUGCGCCCGCUGCUUUGCCCAGUUCCCAAGAGCGGAGGCGGCUCGGGGUGACAGCCCUGACUCGGACUGUGUGGGUGAUCCCGGGCUGCCGGGUGCCCCGGGCAUCCCUGGCGAGAGAGGAGAGCAGGGCUCACCGGGACUGCGGGGACCCCCGGGGCCACCUGGGCCCAUCGGCCCCCCAGGCUUUCCUGGAACGCCUGGCGCACCCGGACUGCCCGGUCUUCAGGGGGAACGUGGCCCCACAGGGCUUGCCGGAGCCAAAGGGGAGCCGGGACCUCCAGGGCAGCCCGGCUACCCCGGUGCGACAGGCCCCCCCGGCCUUCCCGGCAUCAAAGGCGAGCGAGGCUACGUGGGCCCCCCCGGGGAGAAGGGGGAAUUGGGCCCCCCUGGCUUGGACGGCCUCCCCGGUCCCACGGGACCAGCGGGGCCAAGGGGUGAGCGUGGGCUCCCGGGCAGCGCCGGCGAGAAGGGGGACCAGGGUUUCCAGGGCCAGCCCGGCUUCCCGGGGCCGCCGGGCCCCCCCGGCUUCCCGGGGAAGGUCGGUCCGGCCGGGCCACCGGGGCCCACAGCUGAGAAGGGCAGUGAGGGCAUGCGUGGGCCCACGGGAAUGCCAGGGCCACCCGGACCCCCCGGACCCCCAGGCAUCCAGGGCCCUGCUGGCUUGGAAGGACUGGACGGCAAGGAUGGCAAGCCGGGGCUGCGGGGUGACCCCGGCCCCCCCGGGCCACCAGGGAUGAUGGGUCCUCCGGGCUUCAAGGGGAAAACAGGGCACCCGGGUCUCCCAGGACCGAAGGGUGACUGUGGCAAACCCGGCCCCCCGGGGAGCACAGGCCGGCCGGGAGCAGAGGGUGACCCUGGACCCAUGGGACCCCAAGGUCGUCAGGGACCCCCAGGGCACAUCGGCCCCCCCGGCAGCCCAGGGCAGCCGGGUCCCGCCGGCCUCGCCGGAGUGGGUCUGAAGGGCGAGCGGGGCUCUACAGGGGAGCGAGGUCUGCCAGGGAUGCCAGGACAGCCAAGACCCCCGGGCCACCCGGGACCACCGGGGGAGCAGGGACCAGACGGACCCGUCGGUAAAGAGGGUCCCCCAGGAAAACCUGGCAUCGUGGGACCGGCUGGCCAGAAGGGCGAAGCUGGAUCCCCUGGUGAGAGAGGCUACCCCGGGGAGAAGGGCAGAGCCGGCAUGCCCGGGGGGCCGGGGAAGAGUGGCUCCAUGGGCCUCGUGGGGCCGCGGGGGCCUGCGGGAGAGAGGGGCCCCCCCGGCUCACCAGGACCUGUGGGCAGCCCUGGCACCACCUUCGUGCCGGGGUCUCACCCCUCUCCAUCCACCUCUCCUCCAGGUGAGCCAGGCGCCAAAGGAGAGAAAGGAGAGAAAGGCGUGGGGGUGAUGGGGGACAGCGGCCCCCCGGGACCCCCAGGCUACGGGAAAAUGGGCCCCCCAGGCCCCGUGGGACAGCAGGGCAUCCCCGGCAUCCCCGGCCCCCCGCGCGCCCCGGGGCAGCCGGGGAAGACGGGGCCCGGCAGCCCGGCGGAGUGCCUGGGCGCCAUGCCCCUGGAGCAGCCCCUCUUCCAGCCCAAAAACGUCAAGGGCCCUUUCGGCUGA